GCCCCUCAUGUGGAGAAUGCGACUCUGCUGUAACUUACCUGUGUUAACCCGCGUGCCUGUUAUACUCAAGAGUCUUAACUCAAUUGUGCUAAUGCACGUGCCUGUCACACUCUAUUCUUAAGGAAGCUUAUCGUGCGGUGGGCGAUUUGCUUCCUUAAGAAUACCUCGUAACUUUGCCCGGCUUACGGUUACUGGAGAUUUUGUGUUGAGCUGUCUUGAACGUUGAUGGGAGUGCGCGUUGUUGCUUGCGUUUUGGAACUUGGCACAUGUGUCAUCUGUUUGGCGGGCAAGUGUUGCUUCGUUUGUGCUGUGGUACAGAUCGCUGGACUCUGUGUACGUGUAAUCGCUGCUGAAGCCAUCUUGAAAGUGUUCCUUGUUCUCUUUCUGAGAGUUGUGAAGCGGUGACGACGAGUUAUUUUCGAUUCUCUACUGCCAGUGGUCACGAGGAUAACGAUGCGUUUGCAUCCCACCCUGGCUGUUAUGUGUGAGAUUUUGUUUUGCUUGGGCAAGUCCCUUACGUUGUCGGCUCUUUCUCCAUGACCUCCCAGUGAGAGGGAUUUGGAAGUGAAAUAUGAAAGAGGGAGGGGACUGGACCCAGCAGCUAAGAUAGAAGUGGAUCGCUGAAAGUGCGUAUCCGCUGUAGGGCUUGUGUCCGUGUUGGCCGGUCCCUCUGGGUUUGUGAUUCUCUGUUGUUGAUAUAGGGUGGGUGAGUAGUCAGGGGAAUUGAUUGCUUGACGGAUUAGACGACCUCGGGUUUGUUUGUAGGAUUGGUAAAUAGAUUGAUUUCCCAUAAAGUCGAGACUUGUGACAGUGUAAGUGGUGAUUUCGUACGCACCCAUUUUGUGUGUCUUGAAGUCUCUAUUGACUCGCCGCAGCGUCCGUUUUCGAUCAUCCGUAUUAUUGUGGAAACGCAGUAUUGUAUCAUGUACAAAUAUAGGUUCGAACCGCGGGUUCUGCACCGGGCAUUCUCGCACGUGUCUCUGGUGAAGGUCUGUCUAUACGCUUUGGUCGUCUGUGUCACUGGUUGGUUUCCUUGACGGUUCUAGGGUGGGUGGAUGGUAUGUGUUGACCUCGAAGUCGUUCCCACGACGUGGCAGUCACACUAGAUUAUCCCGGUGGUGUGCCUUGACUAUUUGAGUGGCAAUCUCUUACGGAGGAUUUCUCGAAGUCUGUCUGUCUGAUAACUGUAGGCGAGGUGCAAGCUUGCUUUUCGAUUAACGAUGUGACCUCCGAGGGAGUGCGAUAUUGGAUGAUGUGUACUGAUAGUGGACGACAUAGAGAACUACGGACAGCUCUACGGCACGGAGGAAUCGCUGUACGCUGACAAAGCGAACCGUGCACGUGAGCGAGAGAAGGUCAAUGGGCGCGAGCCGUUUUCUUGUGCAUGGGGACUCGUAUUUCCGCCGAUUUUUAGGACGAUCUGGUGUCCCCACGGUCCGGUUUCUGAUGUCGUCUCCCCAUAUAUAUGAGUAAAUGUGAAACCGACAGAUCUCCGGUGAAUGGUAGACUUUUGCUACCUUCUUUGUUCAUGAAGGUCGGGUUCAAGCAUUGGGAGUGUCGUCCAUGCGCAGACAUCUGUGAAUGUGACCGGCUCCGGGCAGAUGUUGGUGAUCCCAGUUGUGUGACUUUCUGUUGUGAAGAUCAUGAGGUCGGCGUCCUUCACGAAGUGUUUAACGACCUUGACUGCGUUCUUCUGUUUCUCUUUGGGAACUUGCGAGCACAUCGCUUUGUGAAGUUGAUCAUUGAGUCGCGAACGUUAAUGCGUCACGAUUUUGUUGCGUGGGUGAACUGUGGGCACGUUUGUUCGUUGAGCGCCUAGUAGUGGGGCUGUGGUGAGAAGGUGGCUGAAGAUUGGUCCUGCGGUUCGCUGUUUUGGUACUGUUUGAUUCCGUGGUUGCAAUGUCUAGUGCCCAUGUCAGGCCGCUGGCGUUUUGCCAGAUUCGACGCCCCUAUUACGUGGCGAUAUCUUGUACGGCCAGUCUUGCUGUAAGUGGGUGGUGGAAAAGGUGUCCUGAUCCUGAUUGAAUGUGUCCGUCUUCACCCAAUUUCCACAUGCAAGCUGUCUUGGAGGGGCACUUGCAUGCGUGAUGUGAGUGGUUGGAAGAAGGGUCUCCUGAUCCUGAUUGAAUGUUCGAAUGUGUGCGUCUUCACCCAAUUUCCACAUGAUAGCUGUUUGGGAGGCGCACUUGCAUACGUGAUGUGAGUGUUCGUGGGCAUGCAGCUGUAGCACUGUUUCAAUGGCGAGGUGUAGGUGUGAAAUUUCCUGACCCCAAGUGUGCGUCGCCCGGCUGUUUUUGGGUUUUGGCAUCCGCGAGUGGUUUAUCGUUUUCAUUCGUUUUAUGUUGUUACUCGCAUUCCCAAUAUGAAGGCGUGCUGAAUCAUCUGCCUAGAGUCUAGUUUUCGAAAGGCGUGCUGAAUCAUCAGCAGCCUAGUCUAGUUUUCGUUCAAUGGACUGGCCCCCUUCCUAUUGUUUGGCUACGUAGAUCCUCAGCCGGCGAACAUGACUCAGGGCCGUUGAUGUAGGAUUAAGCGUGCGGGUCUAAACAGUCGUUCCUUUGUAAAAUUGCCCGAAGAGGAACCGCUGUGGCAGGGAUUCUGGCGUUGUGAAAGCCACAGGUGUUUGCGUUGGCUGCCAUGUCGUUUUCCUGCCAGGUCAGGCCGACUGCAACCGCAGGGCCCAGAAAAGAAAAGUCGCUUGUACUGGUUGAGUCACUAUACCAAUAAUUUUCCUGCUCUUGCCCGUGGAGACGCCCUCCCAAUAAUUUUGCUUGAAACGCUGAGCACGGAGCACAAACCUUAUUCCGGCAGGGUCCUGAUUUGCCCCAUGAUUGUUCUCCUCAUUAUGGAGGGAUAUAGGACACCUCUGAAGUAUCCUUCGACACGUUUACGGGUUCUGUAGAUCUCGUUUAAUGCAUGAGAUAUAGGCUGUGAAAGAACGCCCUCCAGUACUAAAAACGGAAAUGCGUUUGAGGGACACGUAUACGGAGCAUGGUCGUCGCAGUGUAAAUAGUGAAAAGUGAACUUGUGUCGCUUGCUCUUUUGAGCAACAUGAUAAAAAUGUUGACGACCAGGACGUUUGUGAUACCUGUUACAGAGCUGCUGCUCAUUCUGAACCUUGUUCCGGGUAUGUAUCGGAUAUUUGUGGGGAGUAGGAAAUAAAAAAAAAGCCUUCUCAGAUGAUGCAAGUGGGCCAUCCCAAAAGGUGUACGUCUUCUCGGAGUUUCUUUCUACUGUAGGAUUUAAGUACCCCUCGACUAUCCGCACAAGCAGUGGUCCUCCCUAACUCCGUAGAGCAACCUAAUGUGCAGAUGUUGAUUGCCUGUUUUUGAGAGACAGUAGGAGGGGGUUGGGGUAAGGGAAAAAUCGUUGUUUUUAACUGCUGGUACACCACGUUGUGCAUUCUGAUCACUGGUAGCAGGACCUGUGGACAAGGUGGGCAUGCAGAUGGCCUUAUCAGUGGAUGGCAAAUAAAUUCGAGCCUCCGAA